UAAUGACGCCGCCAACGCGCGUAUCAUAGGCUUCUAAAAGUUCUUCACUUAUAACGCUGCCAGGUCUGCUGUUUUCAACAAGUACGAGUGCAAAAAAUUGAACGUAUUAUCUCUGCAUAGCAGCUGCGAGCAUCACCGUGUUCGCGAUGAUUAGAGCGCAAACUGUCGUGGCUCGUACACCAAAUGCGCUUCUUGCUUCUCUUGACCGUUUUCAUUUGCAGUCCAAAGCGAAAAGCGGUACAUUCCUCUUUGCUCUUUCCGCUCCCUCAGAUGCUCUGUCUAUCAUAACAUCACGUUUAAAAUCACAUUUUCCUCGCCACAUCGGGUGCCUAUCGUCCCCGCUACCGGCGUACCGUUCGCACAUCAUGUGUGCUGUUGCUCUGCUGAAUGGAAUCACAUUCCGAUCGACGAUUGCUGGUCGCGCUGAUCCUCAGGUUGGCCGAUGGCAUGCUACACGGCACCCAAGUCUACAACAAUUACCCGCACGACAGUCGAACGUUUUCGAGGAGUUGAACCGAGAUUUCGGCAGAGUUAACUGGGAGGACAUAUGGGAUGGAAGUGCCAUGGCUGCUCAAGAGAUGAUGCCAGUGGAGCUGAGAACGGCGAGGCCUGAAGAUGUGUCUUCUAUACUGUAUUUCUCGGACAAAGCCCCGGAAGGCAUUGCGAAGGUACUGAAGGCAAAUUUUCCCCAUUCACAUGAGCUAGGUUUUUUAGCGUCGUCGACUCCUUUCAUCACAGGUCGACCAGUCACACUUUUCCACGAUGGCAAGAUAUACUCAGAUGGGGCAGUCGGGAUUGCCCUUCAACCUUCUCUAGGUCAUACUUCACUAAAAGUCGAAUUCCCUGGUCUGGUCGAUCUGACUCCUGAUUUGCAAAUAACAAGCUCUGAGGGGAAUCUUAUAGUCGCGGUCAAUAAUGGAAACCCUACACGCCUCCUCCUUGCUGCAAUGAACAAAUAUGGCCUUGACGCUCGUGACAUCCUACUCAAGGACGAUGAGUUCUAUGUUAGUGUUAUGAGUAAUGGCAAGGUAGAACGAUUACACCGUAUAACCUCGGGCGAUCCUUCACGUGGCACCAUUGCCCUCGGGACAAUGAGUGCACCACCGCAGGGCUCCAUCAUAAGAAUGCUUUAUUUGCCACGGAGGGAUGAUGUAACCACCCUGAACUUGAAGCCAACGCAUGAAAACACAUCCAUCUCGUUCAUCGCGACACCUGACUCCCUUGGUGAUGGGCCUCCAUCCUCGGUCCUGGAUAACGACGUCCUGGUUAUUGAUGGAAAUUUCAUUGCUGGAUCUGAGAAUGGGUUUAUGUUGAGAAGAGGCGUCAGAGAAGAAGGCUGGACUUGUACGCUCCCUGGUGGACAGGCCUGCCUGCGUUGGAUAUGAAACAAGCUGCGGGCGAUGUUUCUUUUAGUCCACCUAUGGCAGAGCCUCCCUUGGCUUUCUGUUUGUCAAACUGUUUUUUUGUCUCAUCAUUGUUUAUGAUACCUCCCCUUUGAUGAUACAUUAAACUUAGGAUUGGAUUUGAAGGUUACCGGUACACAUAAGCACGGUUAUUACCGGAUUCCAAAUAAAAAGGAAAAUGGCAAAGUCCGGAUUCUAGUGUGAAUCUACACUUGGCCUUUGCAAGCAA